AUGCGGCAGAUCUCGUCUCUGCUGCAGGACCUGGCCCGGUCGCUCUCGGUGGGGAGAGACAGGAAAGGGGACGGCGCAGGCGACGGCGGCAAGACCGCCAUGCCGGCGGUGCUGCGGACGUCCGGCACCCUGUGGGGCGAGGGCUCGGAGACGUUCGCCGCCGUCUGCUCGCGGCGCGGCGAGAAGGGCAUCAACCAGGACUGCUCCAUCGUCUGGGAGGUCAGCUUCAGCUACACCGCUCUCUCUUUCUCCGUGCAACUCGGCUCCUGCUGGUUUCGGGUGCCAGGAGGACACCAUCUCGUGCGGCAUCUUGGACGGGCAUUCGACGGGCAAGGCCCGUGGGGCCACUACGUCGCCAAGGCCGUGCGCGACUCGCUGCCGCCGUCGCUGCUGUGCCACUGGCAGGAGGCGCUCGCGCUGGCGUCGCUCAUCGACGGCGAGAAGAGGCUCGGCGACUGCCAGUUCGACCUCUGGAAGCAGUCCUACAUGGCCGCGUGCGCCGCCGUCGACGACGAGCUCCGACGCAGCCGCCGCUUCGACGCCGUCCAGAGCGGCUGCACCGCGCUGUCCAUCGUCAAGCAGGGGGACCUCAUGGUCAUCGCCAACGUCGGCGACUCCCGGGCCGUCCUGGGCACCACGUCCGACGACGGCGCCGUCGCGGCCGUCCAGCUCACCGUCGACUUCAAGCCCAACCUGCCACAGGAGAAGGAGCGCAUCCGGCGGUGCAACGGCCAAGUGUACUGCCUCGCAGACGAACCCGGCGUGCACCGCGUCUGGCAGCCCAACCGGGAGUCGCCGGGGCUCGCCAUGUCGCGCGCGUUCGGCGACUACUGCGUCAAGGACUACGGCGUCAUCUCGGUGCCAGAGGUCACGCAGAGGAGGAUCACCAGCGGUGACCAGUCCGUCAUCCUCGCCGCCGACGGGGUGUGGGACGUGCUCUCCAACGACGAGGCCGUGCAGAUCGUGGCGGGGACGCCGGACCGGGAGAAGGCGGCCAAGCGGCUGGUGGAGUGCGCCGUCCGCGCGUGGAGGCGCAAGCGGCGCGGCAUCGCUGUCCACGUCAAGGAGAGGCAACAAAAUGCACAUCUCAAGACUGCGAUUAUUGUGCCCGUCGCAUUCGUAGUAGACUAG